AUGCAGGGCGAGGAUUUCCUGAGCGAGAACAAUGUGGCCGGACAGACGAUCCUGCGGCUGGUGAGCCGAGGAAAUGCGAUUGUCGCCGAACUGCUGCGUCUAUCGGAUAACAUCCCGCCCCCCUUCAUCGUGCCACCCCUCGACAAGCGGAAGAGCGUCACCAAGCGCCCCUAUGAUGACAUAAUCUUCGAUUUCAAGUAUUUGAAGAAUCAGGAACUCUACGACACCCGAAUUGAGACCAACCCUGAGCUGAGUGAUCUCGAUCUCGAAUUUCGCGAUGCCCACAUCGACAUUCUGCGCCGCUUCUACCAGCUGUUUGAAAGCGUCUACAAGUACAUCACCGAUUUCCUCAAAUACAUCGAAGACAUGGAGGAGGGCGUGUUCAUCCAGCAGACUCUCGAGGCCGUCUUGUUGAACCAGGACGGCCAGCAGCUCUUCGCCGAGGCCGUCUACCUGUACGGCAUCAUGCUCUUCCUGCUCGACCAGCGCAUCGGCGGUGAGGCGCGAGAGCGCAUGCUCAUCUCCUACCUGCGCUACAAGGCACGCCGCCUCUUCCCUCAUCACCUUCUUCUUCUCCUCCUCCUCCUUGUUGCCCGGGCAGAGGGAGGCCAUGGUCGGCUCAUGCGCGUGGGCCACACCGACCUGCCGCUGAUCGACGAGGUGUGCAAGCUGUGCCGCAACACCGGCUACGUGCCGGGCCAGCCCAAGCCGCCCAAGUACCCCGAGGACUACUUCAAGCGGUUCCCUCUGCCGGCGACGGUGGUGGAGAUGAUCAUCGGCCGCCUCAGGUCGGACGACAUCUAUUCGCAGAUGCAGUGCUACCCGCUGCCCGAGCACCGCUCCACCGCGCUCGCCACUCAGGCCGCCAUGCUCUACGUGAUCCUCUACUUCGCGCCUCAGCUCCUGAGCAGCGAACAGGCCUCCAUGCGUGAGAUCGUCGACAAGCACUUUGCGGACAACUGGGUCAUCUCCUUCUUCCUGGGCUACACAGUCGAUCUGUCGCUCGAGUGGGAGCGCUACCCGGCCGCCAUGACCGCGCUCAACAACACCAUCGGCAUCCCCAACGUCAAGAUCCUGGCCAAGCGGCACUGGGACAAGAUUCCCAAGCUGCAGCAGGAGAUCCAGCACUACCUCACCGAGGGCGUGCUCAACGAGGAGUUCGUGCUGAGCAGCCACGGGCAGCUGAUGAACUGCCUCCGGCACACCAACACAACGCUGCGUUGGCUGAUGCUGCACUACACCACCACAAACAGGAAGCUGCGGGAGGUGAUCACGCUCACCGAAAUCAAGCUCGACGGCGUGUUGCUGCUUCUGCUCAACGUGGCACAGCUCGAGUUCAUGCUCAAGAACCUGUUCCAGAAGCUCCUCGACGACAAGGACGACAAGUGGAACGAGAGCCGCGCUCAGGGCGCCGAGCGUAUGAGCGAACUGGGCGAGUACUUCUCCGGCGACAAGCCGCUCACGCGCGUCAAGAAGAACGAGAACCUGCAGAAGUGGUUCGUCACGAUUGGCGACAAGAUCAAGGACCUGGACUACCACGACUCCACCGCCGCCGGCAGGAAGAUUCAGCAGCUCAUGGAGGCGCUGAAGGAGGUCGAACAGUUCGAGCAGAUCGAGUCGUCGCUCCAAGUCAAGCAGUUCCUGUCGGACACCCGCGAGCUGCUGGCGCAGAUGCUCAAGAUCGUGAACAUCAAGGAGCAGUACCUCGUCAUGAUGAGCUCCGUGGCCGACAUCUCCUACGGCUUCCAGCUCAUUGACGAGUACAUUCCCCUCAUGCAGGAGCGAAUCAAGCGCGAUCCAUCGUCGACGAUCAAGCUCCGCGCGACCUUCCUCAAGCUGGCCUCCAUUCUCGACCUGCCGCUCGUGCGUAUCGUGCAGUCCAACAGUCCCGACUUGUACAGCGUCUCCGAGUUCUAUUCCGGCAAGCUGGUCUUGUUCGUCAGACGCGUGAUGGAGAUUAUCCCGAAGAGCAUGUUCUUCAUCCUCAACGACAUCAUCGAGCUGCAGACGCACAAGAUCAAGGAGCUGCCCACGAGGCUCGAGAAGGUGGAGCUCAAGGACUUUGCGCAGCUCGACGAGAGGAACCAGCUGGCCAAGCUCACCCACGGCGUCUCCAAGUUCACCGAGGGCAUCCUGGCCAUGCAGACCACCCUCGUGGGCAUCAUCAAGGUGGAGCCCAAGCAGCUCCUCGAGGAGGGCAUCCGCAAGGAGCUCGUGUUCAAGCUCGCCAGCGCCAUGGACAAGAUCCUCAUCUUCAAGACGGGCAAGAUCGACGAGUUCGAAUCCCGGCUGAAGCAGCUGGCCUCGCAGCUCGACGGCUUCUCUCGGUCCUUCCAGUACAUCCAGGACUACGUGAACAUCUACGGCCUGAAGAUCUGGCAGGAGGAGUUCUCGCGCAUCGUGAACUACAACGUCGAGCAGGAGUGCAACUCCUUCCUCAAGACCAAGGUCUACGACCACCAGUCCAUGUACCAGAGCACCGCCAUCCCCAUCCCCCGCUUCCCGUCUGUAGAUAACUCUGUCAACUUCAUCGGACGACUCGCGCGGGCGCUGCUGCAGCACACCAACUACAACAACACAAUUUUCCUGGACCAGAUGUCGGCGUGGUACGACAAGGACGGCCGAGAGCUCAUCGGCAUUCGCACUUUCGAUCUUCUCUUGCGGAGCGUGGGUGUGUUCGGCGUGUCAGGCCUCGACCGUCUCCUGUGCUUCAUGAUCGUCAAGGAACUCCAGACGUUCGUGGCCACGGUGCGCAAGAUGAUGGACAAGAACAUGUCCAAGUUCUUGACCGACUUCACCAAGGAGCUGAGCCCCACCUCCACGCUCCCCACCAACACCGUCAAGCUCUACAACACUGCGGUGAACUACACCAGCAAGCUCUGGCCCAUUUUCAUGAGCACCACCUCGAGGAUCGGUCAGAUGCAGCUUCUCAGACGGCAAAUCGCCAACGCCCUGAACUGGCUGACCAAGCUGGACUCGAACUCGCUCAGCCUCAACCUGACUGUUAUUAACAACGCCCUCAUCUCCGACAUCCAGCAGCACUACCAGAACCCCGAGAAGCCGUACCCGGGCGAGGACAACCCGCUCUUGUCCGAGCUCACCAGGUAUCUCGAAACCGCCGGUAUCCACGACCCCUACACCAAGAUCUACAUCACCACCUCUUCGCUGGAGGGCUUCCCGGUCCUUAUGUUCCUGUUCGUCGCUUCGCAGAUGCCCAAGUUCACCUACAACCGAUCGCUCAGUACGUCGCUGCUCGAGAAACGUUUGAAACAGACCAUCAUGGCGCAGAAGCCCAAGGACAAGGGCUCGGUGGACGCCAUCCCGUUUGUGGUGGGCGUGAUCACCCUCCUCAAGCAGUUCCACUCGGUCUACACGCAGCAGUUCCUGGCCUACCUCGGCCAGUACGUGCGGAGCCUCAUCAACAUCACCGUCGGCGGAGAUGAUAAGGGACGCACGCAGGACUACCCGGUGGAGGUGGUCAACAUCCUGCUGUUCCUGGAGGAGUUUUGCCGGUACAGCAAGAUGGACCGGAAGGUGGUGGAGGGCUACCUCCCGCCCUACGUCUUCGACCAGUUCACCCACUGA